AUGUCAGGUAUAAAUAGCCCAGCAAAGAAAAGAGGAAGUCCUCGCUCACCCUCGGCAACUCCAUCCGUGAAUCCAGGAUACGUGAUGGUCAUCAAAGUCGGCACGUCAUCUAUUGUCGAUGAAGUAUCGCAUCUGCCAUUGCUCUCCAACCUGUCGCUACUGGUCGAAACUGUCGUCAAACUACGAAGUAAAGGCCAUCAAGUUGUGAUUGUCACUAGUGGUGCAAUUGGAAUGGGCUUGAAGCGAUUGGGUCUAGCAAGGAGACCAAAGCAUCUAUCCCAGAAACAGGCUGUAGCAGCUGUAGGUCAAGGACGGCUAAUGGCGCUCUAUGAUGACUUGUUCAGACAGUUUGAUCAACCUAUAGCUCAAGUUUUGUUAACUCGAGAUAACUUGGCAGAGCGACCUCAAUAUUUAAAUGCAUGCAAUACGUUUCGAGAACUCCUUGAUUUGGGAGUUGUGCCCAUCGUGAAUGAAAAUGACACUGUGUCUCCACACGAAAUUCGUUUUGGAGAUAACGAUACCUUGUCUGCUGUCACCGCAGGAAUGGUUAAUGCUAAUUUCCUCUUCUUGCUGACGGAUGUGGACUGUCUGUAUACUGAUAAUCCUCGGACAAAUCCAGAUGCUGUCCCUGUACGAAUAGUAGAUGAUGUGUCAAAGCUUAGAGAGACGGUGACGGUGACAAGUCCAGGAUCAUCAUUGGGAACAGGUGGAAUGAUUACCAAACUAAUAGCAGCUGAUUUAGCAACUGCAGCUGGUGUACGAAUGAUUAUUACUACAGGAGCAGCACCACAACGGAUAGUGACCAUCUUAGACGAAGUAACUGCCCAUCGCGAAAACUCUAAAACACCAUUUCAACCAACACUCGGUACACACUUUCUCGCCAAACCAAACCCCAUGGUUGAUCGUAAAUGGUGGAUAUUACAUGGUCUCGCCACAUACGGAACCAUAUAUUUAGAUGCAGGUGCCGUUAGAGCUAUAACCCGUGGCAAAGGAUCACUCUUUGCUGCUGGAAUAGUAAAAGUAGAAGGAACCUUUGUCGCUCAGCAAUCAGUACGGAUCGCCACAGUGGUGAAAUCACAUACUAACGUACCAGCAACCUCUAUAAUACAUCCACACCAAAAUAUGACAUUUGGUAUGCCAUCUUCUCCACUAGUCCAAGCCCAUGACCCAUUAACAACAGAUGGUGAAGAAGGCAUCAUUGUUGAAAUCGGUAAAGGAAUUGUAAAUUACACGUCAUCGGAAAUUCAACGUAUCAAGGGGUGCCGGUCAAGUGAUAUCGAAGACCUGUUAGGAUAUGUUGAUUCGGAUUCGGUAGUGCAUAGAGAUAAUCUCGUGAUAACGUACUCGAGUCUGGAUCAUACCGAGAUUAUAGUCUUGCCAGCAUCGAAGCGGCUCAACGCAAAAAGGUAUGAUCUCAUGAGGGCAAUGCACUUGUCACCAAGUGUAGAAAGUUUGAGUGAGAGUCGGGAUACCUCUAAUGAGGGUUACUCGGCUGAGUCCGAAAUCACUGUAAAUGUACCUACUCUUCAAUAA